AUGUUACUGGAUCCAUGGACUGUGGGCGUAUAUGGCACCGCAUGCUAUCUCAUCUACGCCGUCGCGCUUGUGAUUUAUCGAUUCUAUUACCACCCACUCGCGCAUAUCCCCGGUCCCACACUUGCGAAGGGGACGUACCUGUUCGAAUGGUACUACGAUCUCUAUCUAGGUGGCCAGUUAACCUUCAAGCUACAGGAGCUGCAUGAAGAAUACGGUCCGGUGAUCAGGAUCAACCCUGACGAAGUGCAUAUCCACGACCCCGACUUCUUCGACGAGGUAUACAACCAGACCAACGGACGCGCCGUAAAGCCGCAGCGCGUAGCGGAAGUGUUUGGUCCUUAUCCAGCAGCCAUGGGGACCCAGACUCAUGAGCUGCACCACAUCCGUCGCAGCGCUCUCAACCCGUUAUUCUCCAGGAGAUCGGUCCAGAAUCUAGUCCCGACCAUGCGCAAGUCAAUUGACAUUCUUUGCACGCGUCUUUAUGCAGCCUGCAAGUCCGACGAGACUUUCAACAUGAAGCACAUGUAUGCUGCCUUGACGUUGGAUAUCAUCAACGAUUUUUGCUUCGCGAUGGAGCCCCAGAGUACGGCAAAGUCGGACUUCGAUCGCAAGUGGUUUGAUGACCUCGAUACAUUCCUUGAAUUUAGCUUAUUGAGUAUCCAUAUCCCCUGGGUUAUGAGCUGGGGCCAUUCCAUUCCGGACAGCAUCAAUAAGAUCCUUGCCCCAGCUAUGGCUGAUCUGCUCGACUUCCGCCAGGACAUCUCCCUCCUGGUCGAAGCCAUCCGCCACAGCCGCGACAAGUCCCACGAAAAAACCAGGCAUAACACCGUAAUCCACGACCUUUUGCAAAGCAAGCUACCACCACCUGAACUAGAACGCGACCGACUCCGCGACGAAGUCUUCAGCCUGGUCACAGCCGGCUCCGGCACCACAGCCUACGUCCUCCGCGGCACAGCCUACCACAUCUCCGCCUCUCCAACCAUCCAAACAAAACUGCAUCAAGAGCUCCAAUCCGCCAUCCCCGACCCCACCAAUCCACCUCCCCUCCCAGACCUCGAAAAACUCCCCUACCUCUGCGCCGUCAUCAACGAAGGCCUCCGACUCUGCGACCCCGCCGCCCACCGCACCGAGCGCCAACUCCCCGACAAAACCCUCAACUGCCACGGCACGGUCAUCCCAGCGGGCACCAUGCUCGGAAUGACCUCCUUCCUCACGCACCGCAACGAGCAGAUCUACCCGGACCCACUCGCCUUCCGACCCGAGAGAUGGCUCGGGAACGAGGGUAAGCGGCUCGAUCGCUAUCUGGUGUCCUUUGGUCGGGGGCCGAGGGCCUGUGUGGGGAUGAAUCUGGCUCGGGCGGAGCUGGUACUAAUUCUUGCGGCGGUGUUUCGGAGGUUUUAUUUUGAUGUAAAGGACGUGAGCAGGGAGAGGGAUAUUGAGUUGAGUAGGGAUUGUAUUGUCGCGGCGCAGGCGAAGGAUUCGCCUGGGAUUUUGGUGAAGGUUAGGGUGGCGUAG